AUGAGAGCAUCUCUGCAGCUGUGGGUCCCUGAGCGGAGUGUGUGUGUAAAACGUGUUCGACUGAAGAGACUCGUGCUUGAUCCUUAUGUGUUGCUGACACACUACACCCUGCUGAACACACACACUGAGGACCCGGUGCAGGAAUGGGGUGAGGAGGUGGAGGAUGGUGUUGUGUAUGGCGUGACCCUCCACAGAGAGCCGGCGUGUCCCUCUCCGUCGGACCUGGUGGGCGUGGCCUGUGUGCAGUAUCGUACACUGAAGGUGCGCAGGGUGAAGGCAGCCACACUGGAGCAUCUCGUCCAAGAACUAGUGAAGCCUGAGUGUGACGAACCCGACUACAGCAGAAUCUUUCUCUCCACCUACAAAGCUUUCACCUGCACCAACACACUCCUCGAUAUGCUGUUUCAGAGGGAAGACAAACUCAUCAACUUGGACAACAGUGUAUGUGUGAGGAGUUCUCUCCCAGGUUUGGUGAUGUUGUGGUUGGAGGAGUUUGCUGAGGACCUGAGAGAUUCUCCUCUCCAUCCCUCACUCUCUCUACUUUCUCUCCAUCUGCGCCAUCGCCUGUGUUUCAGGCGCCUCGCUCAGCACGCUGACAAACUCUUACACACCUUUCAGGAGGAAGACAGGCAUGCUGAGAACAUGUCAGAAGUCACUGUUACUGGAGAAGAAACAGGAAGUGUCCUGAGCUGCUGUGCACGAGACGUUGCUGAGGAACUCACCAGACUGGACGCUGCUCUGUUUGCUCGUGUGGUUCCGUUUCACUGUCUUGGUUGUGUUUGGUCUCAGAGAGAUAAGAAGGAGAACCGGAGCUUAGCACCGAGUGUGAGAGCCACAAUCUCCCAGUUUAACUCUGUCACUAACUGGGUCAUCAACUCUCUGCUCUGCACACCUACAACCUCAAACCCCACCCACAAGUGUCCACCAUCACCCAGACUACAUCCCUGCUGCCAUGAUACAAGCCCCGCCCACCGUGCUCACAUCAUUGAGAAGUGGAUCGCUGUAGCACUGGAGUGCCAUCAGCUGAGGAACUUCUCGUCUCUACGUGCGAUCCUGUCUGCUCUACAGUCCAACGCUGUGUAUCGUCUCAAAAAGACCUGGGCUACAGUCAGCAAAGAGAGUCUGACCACCUUUGAUCGGCUGUGUGAAAGCUUCCCUGAUGAAAACUGUCUUCUGGCCAACAGAGAGAUCCUGGAGGACAAUAAUGAACACACAGAGGAGAACCCCUGUAGAACACUCGGAUCUCCUAAACCCAGUGUCGCCUCCAAACACACGAACUACAGCGCGGGGGAGGUGCCAUACCUGGGGACAUACCUGACCGUCCUGACCAUGUUGGACACAGCUCUUCCUGACACAGUGGAGGGUGGACUAAUCAAUUUUGAGAAACGAAGAAGAGAGUUUGAGGUUUUGUCUCAGAUCCGCCAGUUGCAGGCCUCAUGCUCUCUUUACACUCUCCCGUCUCACCCGCGUGUCUCCUCCUGGCUCAAAAGUUGCUUACCCCUGUCUGACCAGCAGAGUUAUGAACUGUCCAGACAGCUGGAGCCCCCAGUGGAUUCGUGUCCAGGGUCACCAAGCUGGAGCCAUCGACUCCUCUCCAAGAAACUUGGCCUCGCUAAGAAGAAAACCCACUCUGAUCAGAUGAGUGUUUCCUCAUCAGGCUCCAGCAGCUCUGAGAUGGAGGACUUCUCCUUCUCUCACCGCCCAAAAUCACAGUCUGGCUCGUGCCUGAAUAUCUCAGCAGACUCGGCUGAGUCGUGUCCUGAUCCAAGCUGUACGUCUCCUGAUUCCUGCUCCUCUCAGUCUAACACCUCCAGUCUGAGCCCUGAUUGUGCUUCAUCAUCAUCAUCAUCAUCCUCUUCAUCAUCCCCCUCCCUGGCUGCAUAUAAUAAACAGAGUGACAGCUGCAUCAUCAGAGUCAGUUUGGCGCUCCACAGUGGCAACAUCUACAAGAGCAUACUGAUAAGCAGUCAGGAUAAGACAAGUCAGGUGGUACAGAGAGCGCUGGAAAAACACAACGUGGAGAACAUGAGCUCUAAUGACUUCACACUCACACAAAUUUUGCACUAUGAUAAAGAGCUGUUGAUUCCAGAUAAAGCGAACGUGUUCUAUGCGAUGUGUCCGUCAGAGAGUUAUAACUUUGUUCUUCGUCAGCGCUGGAGGAGUCACAUCAUGAGCUCAAGUCCCGCUGUGUUACGUAGAGCUCACAAGUGACCAUGUGACCUGGAGGGCAGUGUGUGUGUGUGUGUGUGUGUGUGAGAGAGAGAGAGAGAGACAUGUUAAACGAUUUUAUGUACUUUUAAAUAUUAAACUCCCCAAGUUUUAUUGGUGGAGGUGUUGACUGAUGGAGGCACGUGUGCAGACGAUCAGACUAAACAUUUUAUUGUGUCUUGUUUUAAAGGUAAAAACGUCAUACAGAUAUUUAUGUUCUAAUACAGUUAUAAUAAUGAUAUGAAUGCACAGGUAUUAUAUGGAGCUUUAUGUUUUGAGUGUUUUAACUACAAAGAUUUUAUUUAUUUAUUUGAUGUUUUUAUCGUUGUUCAGUUUGUUGGGAUUUUUCUUGUUAAUGCACAAAAAUCACCUGAAGCUGCAGUAAAGAGUUUAUAAGUUCA